CAGGCCUUACCCUACACCUACCCUCCACAGAAACCCCAUACGUCAGCACAAAUCUACCGUUGAAACCAACUCAUCACUUGAUCAAUCACAUUUCAGUCACAAUCAUCCUCAAUCAAAUCACUUUGAACCUCGCUUGCUAAUCUACAUACCUCCUUCAACAAUUUUGAAUGCGAUCUCUUCACAAAUCCUCCUCAAAAAUCCCUUAAAUUAGGGUUUUUAUUUGAGUUUGAUCUAGGUUAUUGUUCCAAUCGCUAGACCUCACCCCUUUCAUUGAUCCGUUCGCUAUGAUUAUCGGAUGGUUGUAGGAUGCUUUAAGUUUUACUCGUUUUGAGUAAUGGGAAGCAGUGAGAAGGAUAAACCCGCCAAGGAGGCGAAAGAUGCAACGAAGGAGUCAAACACAGAAAAUUCCCAAGAGCAGACUUCUGGUACGGUCAAGGGCACAGUCACUCCAGAUUGGACUGGGUUUCAGCCUUAUCCCCAUAUGCCUCCACAUGGGUUCAUGGCGUCAAGCCCUCAAGCUCACCCCUACAUGUGGGGGGUUCAGCAUAUGAUGCCACCUUACGGUACUCCACCUCAUCCAUAUGUUGCCAUGUAUCCUCCUGGUGGCAUUUAUGCUCAUCCGUCUAUGCCCCCGGGGUCAUAUCCGUUCAAUCCAUAUGCAAUGCCUUCUCCAAACGGUGUUGCCGAAGCUUCUGGUAAUACUCCUGGAAAUACGGAAGUUGAUGGUAAGUCAUCGGAUGGGAAGGAAAAACUUCCGAUUAAAAGGUCAAAAGGAAGCCUCGGCAGUUUAAAUAUGAUUACUGGCAAGAAUAAUGAACCGAACAAAGCUGGUGCAUCUGCUAACGGAGCUUAUCCCAAAAGUGCUGAGAGUGGAAGUGAAGGUUCAAGUGAUGGAAGUGAUGGAAAUUCUGAAAAUGAUUCACAAAUGAAAGCAGGAUCAAGGCAAAAUUCUAUUGAAGGUGAAAACGGAAACUCUGCAAAUGGAGGACAAAGUGGACCGCUUUCUGUGGUCAACCAAUCAGUGGCUGGUCCUGCCACCAACUUAAAUAUUGGUAUGGAAUACUGGAACGGUACAAAUACGUCCAAUAUUCCCGCAAUGCAUGGGAAUAUACCUUCCGCUCCAGUUGCAGGGGGCAUAGUUACUACUGGGCCUAGGGACAACAUGCAGUCGCAACUUUGGCUACAGGAUGAAAGGGAGCUAAAACGGCAGAGAAGGAAGCAAUCCAACAGGGAAUCUGCUCGUAGAUCCAGACUGCGCAAGCAGGCGGAGUGUGAUGAGCUGGCCCAACGGGCUGAAGCUUUGAAGGAAGAAAACUCUUCUCUCAGAGCUGAAGUGGGUCGCCUUAGGAGUGAGUACGAGCAACUUCUUGCUCAAAAUGCAUCACUCAAGGAACGACUAGGGGAAAGUUCUGGACGGGAAGAAAUGACAUCUGCCGGGAAUGAACAACAGAUGGGUACCGAAGAUCAUCAGGUGGGCAGAUAGAACUCGUGCAGAAUCAUUAAUGAAGUUAUGGCUUCCCGUGUUUUCUGAGAGCUUAACCUAACGACAAUUAGCAAACAAAAAUGUGUUUUUACAUAGUAUUACUACCAGCAUCUAGUGAAGAUUUCAUCGAACACUGACCUUGUUGUCUGUCCUAGAUAAGCAGAAUAACCUAUCAGAUUAAUCAUCGUUCGUUGUUCUCGAUCGGCCCGUCUUUUAAGGCCCGAUGAACCCGGAUGAUAUGUAGACUAUAGUGUGAAAUUCAUGCCAUGCCCUUGUAUUCCUAAUAUGGGUGUUGCUUAUUAAUUAUUUCAACAUUUUAUGUACUGAUAUGUUUGUGGUU